AAUUGUCUUGAGAACUUGCGGAGACGUCUUUGGGGAAAGUUUGAGUGCGACUGAACUUUUCUGACUGAGUGAGGACGUGACAUUGUUGUCGCCUAACGUUGCUAAUGAUAAUACAGGCUGACAGAAACAGUAUAGCUGUGAGCUUAAUGAGGCAAAGUUAACGCCACAUGAGAGUUUCAUGUAGCUGUUUGUAGUGCUCAGUUGUCCACAUCUCCUGUGUGGUUACUGCCUAAAAAGUAAACACUUACUACAUUAUCAGCUGGCUUAUUCAUACUGGCUUAUGCUGGUUAAUAGUGUAACACCAACCUGGAUGAUGAUGAUGAUGAUCAUCAUCACAGUGCCAAAAGAUCACACUGUGUCAUUUUAGAAUAAUGCAUUUCCUGACAUAUUUUGCUCAUCUAAUUAACUUGAAGAAUCAUACAGCCCUACCUUACAGCUGGUUGAAUUGGCCAAGGCAGAUAUCACUUACAUGCUGUCUGACUUGCACACACAAAUUAAGAGGAAAAUAGCAGAGCUUAUUAAAUAUUGAAUAUUAAAAUGGUUACUGAUUUGAUCCCAGUAUUCAGCAUGUGCACGAUGUAUAGAAUACAGAUUGAACCACGUGUAAGCUGAAGGUUGUUACAGUUAGUUGUUUUCUUUCCAAAGCUUUUUUUUUCAUGAUUUCAUAGAUAAAAUUAAUUUAGCAGUCACACAGGUUCUUCUUCCUUUUUACUGCCCCACCCUGGAAAAAAAGCUGUAAAAAUUAUUCAUCUUGUUUUCUGUGAUUUGCUUUAAUUUAAGCAUUAAAUGUGACCCUAAGGUAAGUACAUUUAGAAAAUGAAAGCAGUGGGAUUUCCUCAAGUAACAGAUGAGGUGAUGUACGAGAUUCCACCUCUCUGAUGUGAUGGAAUGCAGGUAACAUGCUGGAACAUGUGCCUGUUAUAUGGGUAUGCACUAUGUGCUUAUUACCUGUUCCAGAAAGGCAUGAAAACAGACAUGAACACAUAUUUUUACAGCAUCUCUGUUCCUACACUGACGAGGGCAACUCGCUGGAGCUGCAGGCCUGUUUAUGUGCUCAAAUUUAAUGAAGAUUUAAUCGUCAUCAAUGAGGACAUUGAGCAUGGCUGUGUUCAAGCAACAGAAAGUGGAGGAUUUUUAUGAAAUUGGAGAGGAGCUUGGAAGUGGGCAGUUUGCUAUAGUGAAGCGUUGUAAGGAAAAGAGUACAGGUGUAGAGUAUGCAGCAAAGUUCAUAAAGAAGCGCCAAAGCAGAGCGAGCAGAAGAGGAGUGCGGCGAGAAGAAAUUGAAAGGGAGGUGAACAUUCUACAGCAACUCCAGCACCCCAACAUAAUCUCACUGCACGAUGUCUACGAGAACCGCACCGAUGUGGUGCUCAUACUGGAACUGGUAUCUGGAGGAGAGCUCUUUGACUUCCUGGCCCAAAAGGAAUCCCUGAGUGAGGAGGAGGCCACUGAGUUUCUUAAACAGAUUCUUGAUGGGGUCCACUACCUGCACUCCAAAAAAAUUGCACAUUUUGAUUUAAAGCCCGAGAAUAUUAUGCUGCUAGACAAAAAUGUCCCACUGCCACGGAUCAAACUUAUUGACUUUGGCUUGGCACAUAAAAUUGAAGAUGGGGUCGAAUUCAAAAAUAUUUUUGGUACACCCGAAUUUGUGGCUCCAGAGAUAGUCAACUAUGAGCCUCUGGGAUUGCCAGCAGACAUGUGGAGUAUUGGUGUCAUCACAUACAUCCUACUGAGUGGUGCUUCCCCAUUUCUGGGCGAGUCCAAACAAGAGACACUGGCAAACAUUUCCGCAGUGAGCUAUGAAUUUGAUGAGGAAUUCUUCAGCAGCACUAGCGAGCUGGCUAAGAGCUUCAUUAGACAGCUUCUGACACAAGACACAAGAAAGAGGCUCACAAUAGAAGGGGCUCUCAACCACCCUUGGAUAAAGAACCAUGAGCAUGUGGAAGACACCAGCUUAAUUCCGAGGCAAAGUGGACCAUGUCAGCUGAAGACCAAACGCCUGAAGGAGUAUACCAUCCACUCCCACUGCAGCAUUCCACCUAAUAACACAUACAUAAACUUUGAGCGCUUUUCCAGUGUGAUGGAGGACAUCACCCUCAUAGAUUGCGGCCUGGAGGAAGUGGCCCAGAAACGAGAGUCUCUUCAGGAGGACGUUGAAGCUCUUCUUUCCAUCUAUAAUGAAAAGGAGGCCUGGUACAGAGAAGAAAGUUCGAGUGUGGGACAGGGCCUCUCACAGCUCCGUUAUGAGUUCCGUAAGGCAGAGGCUCGGAGGAAGGAUCUUCAGGAGGAUAUAAAGGCUACAGAAGCCAGCCUGGACAUCAUCAGCAGCCGCUACUUGGAAAGACAGGCCCAGCUAAGCUCUCUUAGUGAGGAGCUGAACACAGAGCUGCGAUGGCUUCAGGAACUGAUGAGUUCCCUGUAUGGAGAGGUGGAGAAUGGAGGACGUUGCUCCACUCCUGAUCUCAACAACCAAGUGAAUGAAGCUCUGAAGGAGAUGUUGAGCAGAACCUGUGAAGAAGAAUCACACUGCAGCAGCCAGACAGACAACACAGAGUCAUUCUUUUAAAUACAUGUUCCUCAUGCGAUUUCCAUAUUUUCUUAUGGCAAUUCCUCAAAUUCAGAUGAAAUAUCCUAAUAUAUGAAUACUGUACUGGGCAAUACAUAACUUUUCCUUUUCACAUAGAGUAUAUGUUUUUUCCCCCUUUUUUUAAAGUCAGUUAAGUAAAUUCUUUUAUUUAAAGUAGCUCUACAUUAAGUCUAAUAAUUUUUGUGCAGUAUUUCUGUUAGGAGUGUUAGGGAUUUACUUAUCCCAUACUUUUAUUUUUGAUACAAUAUUGAUAUCCGAGCUACUGAAUUGACCUCAAUACAGACUUCAUUCACUUGUAUAAUUAGAAGAACUAUCUAAAAAGCUACUUGACUUUGUAUGAAAAUUCUGUUUCAAUUUCAGAAACAUUCAUGGCAUGUACAGAAAUAUGUCAAAUUUAGUCCUGUAAUGAUCUAGAAUUUCAGGGCAAUGUUAGUCUAAUACUGAGUGUCGGUGUGUCUGUAGUUAUACUGAUAUAUUGUCCAUUGUCUCAUUCAAAUAUUGUUUAAUUCCUAAGAUGAACGUAAGUAAGUUGCCUCAAUUUCUUGAGAAACACGUAUAUAUUGCAUAGACUGUAUGUUACUUUCAGCACUUUUAAAGCAGUUUUAGUAUUUAUAAUGAUGUUAAAUAUUUAUACUGUUUAUUUAUUUCUGCCAACACAGGUACUUCUUCAAUUUUAUUUAAUAUUAAAUAAUUUAAUAAGUGGCUCAUGUGGGUGCAGAGAAAAAAUAGUUAAGGAUUAUUUGUUUAUUACUAGUUGUGAUUUCUUUCUAUUUGAACCAUUACUUGUAAAUCACUAAUAUGAUAAUAAAUAAGAUAAUAAAAAAAAAAGGAGAGUAAUCACAGCUUUUAACUUUUCUGUGCCACGGAUCACUGUCUGCUUUUCUACUGAUAAAGAUCAUUUCCGUCAGGUUUAGCUCAGACUUUUUACUGUAUUUACUGCAUUCUGUGAUGACAGGAAAUGAAAAAUGAAUACCGCAGGUUAUACCAGUAUUUACUGUUGGUGACAUUUGUGCAGUUCAUAAUCUGUCCUGUGAAAUUUUCUAUGCUGAUACUGUUAUUAAAUGUUAAAUGGAGUCUAAUCUCAGUCCUCCAUGAUAUAAAAAAAAAACUAAUCAUUUGGUCUAUAAUUUCAUGAGCUGUUUCUGUCAUUUAUGUUUUUUU